AUGGCGACUGUGUGGCGUUCACAGUAUGCGUUUGCACGUUUUUUUGUUGGAAAAACCGUUCGGAUCCUGAACAACGCCUCUGAUUUGGGUGCACGACUUAAACCGGAGUCAAUAUCGAUACCGUUGUCUAGAAAAUACUCCAAUUACGCGGCCUCACCGUUUGUUUCUAAAAUCCAAGAGCAGUAUGAGUUUGAAAUAGUAAAAAACCCCCCAGAAUGGGGGUAUGUGGAGCGGUUCUUACCUUUAGAAACAGUUCCGCAGAUAAAACCAAAAGAAUCUUAUCCUUCAGGAUGGAUCGCACCGAAAGAGGAAGCAAAAAAUUUACCUUACUACAUAGCAAGGAAUAAAAAUCAUCAAAUACCAAUAUAUCUUGAAAUUGGAUACAGAGGCCAAAGAAAAAUAACCAAAAUAAAAAGAAUCGAAGGCGACAUCUGGCUGAUGAACGACCUCAUCAAGAAAUAUCUUAAAAAUAAAUGUAAUCGUUACGUUGAAACGAGAGUACACGAAAUGGGAAAGUUUAUAGACGUGAAGGGAGAUUAUGUUAAUAUUUUAAUAGAUUGGGCCCAUGCACAAGGGUUUUAG